AGAGUGUCGGUCAGAUCCGCGGACACUCUCCGCUGAAACCGAACAAACAACUUCGGACCAACUCGACGCUUUUCUUCACAGUCAGGACCCGAGAAAGGAGCUUUUAUCCCCGCCGAGCCUUGAACCCACCCCCUUUGUUUCCUGGAGAUGUUUUCCCCGGUGGACUGAGGAGCGGGCAGCGCCGCACACCGAAGCCGGGAUGAGUGGGAGCUCCGCGGGGUCCGGCGCGGCGCCCUGCCGCCUGGUCCACUACUUUGUUAUCUGUGGGAUAGACACUGAAACUGGACUGGAACCGGAUCAACUUGCAGGUAGGACCUGUUUUUUCUGUGGUAUAUGGUUUAAGAUGUGUCCAUGGAGAGAGAGAGAGAUAAAACGGCCCUCCAGCUGAUUUCAGACGAUAUUGACAAACAUGAUUAUCGAUUAGUCAGCCAUUUUUGUUCAUCAAACAACAAACCAUCCAAAAGUUAUCUCAGGGCUCUUGACUCUCAAAGCAGGAGGAGAUUUUUCUGCAUUUCUGACAGAGAUCCGACAUAAAUCCACCAUGAACAUGACAAACUGAUCAGGCAGAGACCCUCAGCAGACCCAGACUCAGAGGUGGACCUCCAUCUGCCAGGAGCACAGAAGUGAUGCCAAAAACAAACUGAGAGUAAAUGUUAAAAACAUGAGACAAAGACAGCAGGCUCAGAGAUGAAACUGUUCUGACGCUGAAGUUUCAGCAGUUUUUCACUGAAUCGAGAGUUUGAUGAGAUCUUUUCUGAUUUUGUUAUCAGAUCGAAGCUUCCUGUCCUCUGCUGUUCUGCUCACAAAACCUGUAAAAGUGAAACUAUUCAGCAGAAAUAUUCACAGAGUUUUCUGUCACAUGCAGAGCUGCAGCUUUGAUGCAGAAAAUCUGAAUAAUUGAUCAAUAAUUUUGGUGUUUUUCAGCUGAAACUGUCGCUCUCAGCACUAAGAUGAAGAUUUGAGUUUAACACAUCAGCUCUAUUUUCGUUCCUUUUCUCCUCUUUUACUCUAAAGUGACUUUGUUUCCUGUCGUCCUCCUCAGUUUUCUGUGUUUUUAACUAUAAUCCAGAUUUAUUAAUCAUGAAGUUUGACCAAACUUGGAAAUAAGGAGGAAUGAAAUAGUUGCUCAUCCUUCUGCCCAACGUCUCGCUCUUUCGGCGUCCCUUGUGGUCGAUUUUUCCUUUUUGUUUCAAAAGUUCCUCACAGAAGUUCUGGACCGCUGUCUUUGGUUCAGAAACUGUUUGGACCGGUUCCUGAUACUUCUCCUUUCUUCUUCUUUUGUACUAAAGUGGAAGUGAGACGCUCAGUUUUUACAUUUUACAGCUCGAUCAGGUAAAAAUCAUGAGGAAUUAUGACAACGAACCAACAUCCAGAAUAAUCUCAGGUCUCAUCCCGGCUUCAUGAGGGGUUGUAAACAUGUUCACUGUCUCUCACAUCUGCUCUGGGCCCUCUUUGACUCAGUACUGGUACUCAGAGUUCCUGGUCCAGGUCCUGAAUUCUGGGCUUAGUUCACGGCUGAAAAUCCCGAGUUCUGCAGGUUUGUCUGUAGACCGGUCUCUGGGAUUGCUCCUGGUCUUGGAUUGGUACCUGGACCUUCUUCCUCCUCCUGGUGAACCUGUUGUCGUGGUUCCUGCAGGAACCUUUUCUCUUUGUUUCUGUUCAGUUUGAUCUGUGGAGGUUAUUUAUCGUUCUUUCUGAGGUGUUGCAUCACGGCGUCUGUCGGUGUAAAGUCAGUCUCUGGGACAAAGUUCAGGAACACGAAGUCUGAGUGUGAGAUCGAGUUCGUUCACCUGAAAUCAAACGUUAAAGACGCAAAAUAAUCCGACUUUUCAUGGCGACGUUUCGGUUCGAUUAGAUGACGAUCGUUUGUUCUGGUUGGGAGGAUUGCAUGUGUUUAUGUUUUUGCACCCAUGUGUGUGUGUGUGUGUGUGUGUGUGAGCUUGUUGUGUAUUUCCAGGCUGCAGAGACUCUCUGAGGUGACUCCGAUAAUCUUCGACUGUCCUGAGUCCAUCUGCCUCUGCUCACACCUUAACCUGCUGAGCAUGUGUGUGUGUGUGUGUGUGUGUGUGUGUGUGUGUGUGUGUGUGUGUGUGUGUGUGUGUGUGUGUGUGUGUGUGUGUGUGUGUGUGUGUGUGUGUGUGUGUGUCAGGAUAAUCUCUGUAAACAGAUCUCUGCAGACGGGGCAGAAUCUGCCUUUUGAGUUUUAUUGAAGUUGUUUUCGGUCGUUUCCUGUUUGAAGAAUUCGAUCCAAACUCAGAUCCGACUUUCGAACCCUGACCGAGUUUUUAAUCCACAUUUCUUCUUCUGCGAAUUUAAUCCCAACAGAAGAGGAUCCUGAUGGUUCUGAACUGGGACACACUUCAGAAACAACAUAAUCCAGAAAAUCUCUCCAGAUUAUCAGAAUCUGAAAACACUGAUGUAGAGCUGGGCGAUCAAUAAACUUCAUUGAUUAAUUUGUGUUUCUUGUUUAGGAUAAUAAAGUUGAGAUGUGGUCUUUCUGGGACUCGUCCUCCUCAGACGGAGUUUGUUUGUUGGUUAAAGCGUAAAGACCCCCCACAGGUUUCUUUGUUUUCUUCGUGUUCGGCGAUCAAGUUUCCGAUCUUUGAGGACAGAUGAGAAAACAAAGAGUGAAACUUCAUUUCUGAGGAUCAGACACAGCAGCAUUUUCUACGUCACAACCAAGCCCCGCCCCCGGCGCCCCACUAUACAGGCCAGACCCCGAGAGGUAAAGAGGACUAUCGCAGAAUAAACGUGUAAGAAAGUGAAUCCCCCCCCCCCCCCUUAUUUCCCGCGGUCCAUUGUUUUAGUCAAAGGUCCAGACUUCCUGUAGUCCUGCUCCAGGCUCCUUCGUGGUCUCCGGUCCUCUCUCUCUCUCUCUGUAGUCCCGCCCCCCUUUGUACAGUAUCCUGCUCUCUUCUCGAUCCUGCGCUCCAAUAAUCUGGUUCAGCGUCUCUUAAAUAGCCUCCUCUUCAGUCCAGACACCCUCCACAUACCACGCCAUUGAACCUCAGCGGUAUAAAUACUCGCCGGCCGUCACACCGAGCCUGAAAUAGUUCCUGUUCUCUGACCUCAGAGGCGGUGAGGGCGGAGUCAUUGUGGGGCUGAAUUUAAGGAGGGGCUGCAGUUGUAGACGGAGGUCCGAGUUUCUCAGUAUGUGAGGCGGAUGUUUGUCCGGCCUUGUGUCGCUGUUGGAGGACGUUAACCCCCGACCUCCACCUUCAUCCUGAUCGUCUCCUAAAAGGUCGUAUCCUCCGAUCGUAGCUGAUCGUAACCAUUCAAGUUAACGUGUCAAUUUACACCGACUUCUGGAAAGGAAGUCGGGCACAGACACAAAAUAAAACAUCCGGCUUCUUUUCAAAAUAAAACACUCCGUGUUUCAGGAGGAUCGUAUUUCACACCAUGCAAACGGGCGGAGACGAACAAGUGAAAGGUUUUUAGACGUCAUUUCACCCCGAUGACACCAUGGAUGAGGAGAUGCUGAUUCUAGAAGUCUAGAAGUAGAUUUCCUCCUCUGGAAGGACACAAUCUACUGCUUAUAUGUCUAUGUGUCUGUCUUUAGAGAGACAACUCGUUAUCGGGAGAUUGAACGUGAAUCUGCGGGUUCUUGUGAGUUCUUGCGAUUACCGCCGCCGUUCUGGACCGGAGCCGUUCAGGAUGCGGUGAUCAUUGGAGAUAAUAUAUCAGUUACAUCAGAAAGGCCGAAUGAAAGGGAAGCAACAAAAUCUCACGGUACGAUGUCAUCACGAUGUUUUCGGAGUAUUGUCCGAAAAAAAAGAGGACUUAGAAAAAAAGUGGCAGCUAGAAAAUAAAGUUUAAAGAAAAACUGACUUUGUAAUCGAACACAAACGUCACGAUCAGAAGAUUUUUUUCAACAUCCAUCGAUUCAAAGAAACACGAAAAAACUUUAAUUUCUGUCUUUAAACUGAAAAUAUAAACAUUCAGUUUAGUCUCUUAAACUUUGACCCCACAGUCUAACCCGGUUUGGUGUCCUUCUCUGUCUCCUUUCCUUCACACCUUCAGUCCUCACACCUGAGUGUCACUCGCUCCUCUCUCACGGCCAAUCAGACGCUGUUGUCGGAGUUUUUAUCUCACGAGUUUUUAGCGCCUCAGAGUUAAAUCUGCAGGUGGAGCGUCCUGCUCCGCCCUCGACCAUCCGUCCACACAGACACACGGAGGCUAACAAAUGGGAUUCUGGGUAAAAAACAGAUUAUAGUGCACCAAUCUAUGUUAAUAGAUCUAUGUACAGGUUACAUAAAUAUAAUUUAUAAAUAUAAAUAUAAAAGUCAGAUGAUCCUGAAAAAGGACACACACACACGGGUUUGUUAUUGUCUCCUUAGUCCUGUUCCUGGGGUCCUGAUGGUCCAAAUGGACCUCCACUCUGAGGUUUAUGGAGGCGUACAGGAAAACGCCGCUGGUCAAAUCCUGCAGGAGGCGGAGCCUGGAGUCGUGGUCAUGUGUGUGUGUGACCCGGUCUGGUCGUGUGUCGCAUUACAGUGAUUCAGUCAGUGAAGCCCUGAGGAUCUGUCUGAACGGAUUACUCUAACAGGCUUAACAUGGAGGGGGGGGCGGACCAGAUCACUGCGGGGGGGGGGGCUGAUGAGACACGAAAGAGCGAGGAGAGAAAAAGACGGCGUGGAGGAAAAAAAAACGUGUCUAAAAAAAUCUGAAAGAAAAACAAAAUAAAACGAAAAAAAAGAGAAAAUUCAAAAAUCCUAAAAACUGAAGAUCUGGAUCUUUGGAUCUGAUCGAGUCUCCGUGAUCCUCCUCCUCCGUGAUCCUCCUCCGUGAUCCUCCUCCUUGAUCCUCCUCCGUGAUCCUCCUCCGUGAACCUCCUUGAUCCUCCUCCUUGAUCCUCCUCCGUGAUCCUCCUCCGUGAUCCUCCUCCUUGAUCCUCCUCCAUGAUCCUCCUCCGUGAUCCUCCUCCUUGAUCCUCCUCCGUGAUCCUCCUCCGUGAUCCUCCUCCUUGAUCCUCCUCCAUGAUCCUCCUCCUCCGUGAACCUCCUCCUUGAUCCUCCUCCGUGAACCUCCUCCUCCAUGAUCCUCCUCCGUGAACCUCCUCCUCCGUGAUCCUCCUCCAUGAUCCUCCUCCUUGAUCCUCCUCCGUGAACCUCCUCCUUGAUCCUCCUCCUUGAUCCUCCUCCUUGAUCCUCCUCCUUGAUCCUCCUCCGGGGUCCUCCUCCUCCGUGAACCUCCUCCUUGAUCCUCCUCCGGGGUCCUCCUCCUCCGUGAUCCUCCUCCGUGAUCCUCCAUCUUUCCGUGUAUCAAAAACACAAUCAGUCAGAUAAAGUCACUGAUCCACCGAAGGUUCGCCGUCACACGCCGUCACACGCCGUCACACGCCGUCCUCUGCAGACCGUCCUCCUUCAGGACUCAGACCUGAAACUCGAACCUUCCUCUAACGGGGACGAGCCGCUCGCUCUUCUAAAACCAGUCCAUCAGUCGCUCGGUUUAUGAUCCAGCUGAGGGCGCGCUCGCCGUCACCUGACCAUCGCAUGGCGCUCUUGACCUAAGGAACUUAACGCCGUGAUUCUGCAAAGAUGGAGGACUGAGCAGACCGUCAGGACGCCAAAGUAUCUGAGGUGACUUUGUUCAAAGCAGCUGAGUCAGCUGAUGGCGAGCUGCUCAGGUGAACGCUGACACCGCUAACAUCAGACGUGCGAGCGCUGGUCGAAGGUUCGAGUUGAAGGCCGUGACAGAGACGUGGACCUGCUGAGAGAAAACCGCUGUCAUGUCUGUCAGACAAUGUCCAAGGGUCCCGGGGUCUUUGGGGGUUUCGAGGGUUUGGGGGUUUUGAGGGGACGGGGGGGGACAGCCAUGAUGGAUGGUCUGAUGGGACCUGAUGACCUCCGAGGAUGCUGGGAAAUCCUGCUGACUUAAAGAGCGGUUCAGUGUCUCCAGCAGCGAAAUCAGAAGUUGAUCUUUGGAGGCGGGAGGCGCCGUUUCACCCCGCCCCCCUCCAGGUGACCUCUGACCCCUGGCUCCAUAUGCUCUCUCUAUGUGAGACAAAAGGGGGGGGGGUGUCAGGGUUCUGCUCAGAGGGUUCAGGGUCUCAGGUUCUGGGUCCAUGAAAGUCUAGAUAACACGCCGACGUCUAUGUUUGUAUCUGUGCUCUCCACUUACACAACAGUGUGUGUGUGUGUGUGUGUGUGUGUGUGUGUGUGUGUGUGUGUGUGUGUGUGUGUGUGUGUGUGUGUGUGUGUGUGUGUGUGUGUGUGUGUGUGUGUGUGUGUGUGUGUUACGUCAGUGUGUAAAUCCGCUUACAUAACUCGGUUACUCAGCGGUAACUAAACGCCCCUCCAUGUCAGAUUAGACCUGACCGACUGUGAGACACUCUGGAUUAUAAUUCAGACCCAGGCAGACGAUCACAGAGCUCAGAUCUAUUUGUGUUGUAUUAUUGAUUUUUUAGGGGGGGGUUAAUCGAUGAUCAGAAACCUCCUGGGUGUCAAAUCGUUUGAGUAAAAUCAGAGAUCCGCCGUCAGCUCUUCGCCUUGUUGGACUUUGGUUCCUCCGUGAUUGAGCUCCAACUCAUCAGCGACCUCUGACCUGUGUGAUAAGAGACGAGUCAACAAAGCGAUCAGAGCGUCUGAGCCGUAAUCUCUGCGAACUUUGUUUGUUUUGAAGCAGAAAAAUCAGGUUUGAGUUUCUGCUGAUUUGUUCUGAUUCUCAGUCCGGUGGAAAUUAAAGCAGUGACGUUUGUAAUGAAGCGACCUUUCUGUGACCUCCUGACCCCGCCCCCUCUGCUGCAGAAAAGGGGGGGGGGGGGGGCAGACUGUCCUGCAGAGAAAAGAAGAGAGAGAGAGAGAGGAGGCGGAGACUUAGUCAGACAAACACAAAACAUCUGAGAGGAUUUAAUGAUUAAACACAGCUGUUAGCAUCAUUAGCAUCAUUAGCAUUAUUAGCACUGUUAGCAUCAUUAGCACUGUUACCAUCAUUAGCACUGUUAGCACUGUUAGCAUCAGUGGCGCUCAGAACGGCGGGGAAUUGUCUCAGCCUGAUGAUGUCACAGCCACUGGUAUUAAAUCACACACACACACACACACACACACACACACACACACACACACACACACACACACAGAAAACAACCUCAGAUUAUGUAAUCUGGCCGCCGUCGGGCUUGUUGGCGUGGAUUAGAGAGAGUGAGCAGUCGCAGAGAGAGGACGUCAGAAACACCUGACAAAAGCAAAGGCUCAUGGGAAAAUGAAGGUUCAAAUGUCGAGGUAGACGGGCAAAAUGACCAAUUAAACAAUUUUAAUUUUUUAUCAUAAAUGAGGCCAAAAUCAACUUUUUGUGUUUUUGGAGUUUUGUAGUUUGGGGGGAAUUUGACGUUUGUUAAAUAUGAAUAUGAAUAUAGUUAUAAAUAUUAUUAUAGUUAUAAAUAUUGAUAUUAUUAUAAUUAUACUAUCAAUAAAAUUAUAAAUAAAAAUUCAUAUAGAUAUAAAUACAAAUAUAAAUUUAAAUAAAAAUGCAAAUAUAAAUAUUCACAUGGAAAUAUAAACUGAUUAAAUUAACUCUGAAAGGAAAAACAAAUCACCAACACCGUCUUUUAACGUUUUUUUUUUUUUUCAUCAUUUAAUCAUCAAAAAAAAAUCAAAAAUUAUAAAAAAAAAUGUUUAAAUUAAGUUCUUAAAAACAAAUUUUCAGGUCUUUAUGUCCUCAGGUCCUCAGGUCUUCAGGUCUUCAGGUCCUCAGGUCUUCAGGUCCUCAGGUCUUCAGGUCCUCAGGUCCUCAGGUCUUCAGGUCCUCAGGUCUUCAGGUCCUCAGGUCUUCAGGUCCUCAGGUCCUCAGGUCUUCAGGUCCUCAGGUCCUCAAGUCUUCAGGUCCUCAGGUCUUCAGGUCCUCAGGUCCUCAGGUCCUCAGGUCUUCAGGUCCUCAGGUCCUCAGGUCUUCAGGUCCUCAGGUCUUCAGGACCUCAGGUCCUCAAGUCUUCAGGUCCUCAGGUCUUCAGGUCCUCAGGUCUUAAGGACCUGCAGCGUCUCAGUCGUAAUAAAAACAUGAACUCUUCAGUCUCUGCGUCGACUCGAGAGAGAAACUGAAACUAUUUCUCAGGUGAUUAAAAGUUCGAUUCUUCACUUGGAUCAAAAGAUGAAACAUCCAACCGUGUUUCUCCUAAAUCUGCCUGAAGAUGUUGGUUCAAAAACAAACAAAUGAAACGUAUUUAAAUGACUUCCUGUCUGAACUUCAGGAAACAGAAGAGUUUCAGAGAUAAUCAUGAAUCUGAAACUUGAGAGUCAAACUGAAACCGUCUCUUUUCUGUGAAUCUGUCCUCAGCUGACUGAGUCCAGCUGUGAGGCAGCAGAUCAUCUUCACUGAACGCACCGCUGAGUCAGUGCAGCUCUAUCAAUCACCGAUCAAUACGAUCAGGAUUGGCUCCAGUCUGACUGUAAAGAUCGGACUGAGGACGUCUUUACUUGGAGAUGUUUUAAACUGGACGACAGAGAAGAUCAGAUCUGCUGAGAUCUGAAGUUCGCUCUGUCGUCAUGGUAACAAACUUCUCCGACAUUAAUCUACGUCCAAUAAAAAGCCUCCGUGUGGCUGAAGGGCUUCAAACUUUUCGCUCGAAUCUCUCCAGAACUUUCUGUCAGCUUCAUCUUUAACUCCAGAUUUGAAAGGACAUCUUCUGCUCGCGGUGUCGUCUUUUUUCCCAUCAUCCCUCUGUUCGCAUUAAAUCAGCCGUUCUGCUCGAAGGCCGCUCAGCCCAAGAGCUUAUGCAACUGUCCUCUGUGUCCCGCUCACGCUCACGGCCAUUUGGACAAACAAUCUCCGUCUGUCACUCUCUUUAAAUCCAAACUUUGGGAUGUCUCUCCUGAGCACCGUCCUCAACCGUCCUCGCCGUCCUCGCCGUCCUCGCCGUCCUCAUCAGCCUCCCUCACUGAAAUCAUUUGUGUUGGUGGUGAACAAAAUUCAUACUCAUCAUGUCGCUGUUUUCUGGAACAGCAGGGGGCGCUAUAAUCCAAUCCUCUACAUGUUUGUAGAGAAGUGAAAAGACAACAGGUGUGAAAAUCCCAAAAACCUGAACUGGAGUUUUUGAACCCGAGGAAGUGAGAGGGUUUUUAUUUUUAAGGUUUAGAGUUCAGCUCGGAGAAAAUCAGAGAAAAUCAGAGAAAAUCGGAGAAAAUCAGAGAAAUCAGAGAAAUCAGAGAAAAUCAGAGAAAUCAGAGAAAAUCAGAGAAAUCAGAGAAAAUCAGAGAAAUCAGAGGAUCACGAGUCAGGGAGAAUCCCAGCGUCUGGUGUAUUUAUGUGUAUUUGUGUGUAUUUGUGUGUAUUUGUGUCUCAGACUUCAGGCUUUUAUCGACUUCAGAGGAUUUAAAACCAAAUAUUUAAAAUUGAAAGUUUGAUUUUAGUUUUUUAGUUUCGGUCUUUUUAAAAAAUCACGUUUAUAAACUUGUUUUUCCUUCAGCUGAUUUGGACUUAAAUACUCUGACAUGUCUGCAGUUAAAUGUACUGUAUUUAUAUGUGUAUGUACUGCAUAUAUGUAUAUAAAUAUAUAAAUAUCUCAUGGUUUUGUUUUGGACCUGAGCGCUCAGAUUAGAAAAACUCAGAUCGUCUUUUUUUUGUUUUUAGAUUCACUUUGUCGACUUUAACAGAACAGGAAGAAACAUCCACAGCUGCUCUGACCUCCUCUCUCCUCCUCUCUCUCCUCUCUCCUCCUCUCUCUCCUCCUCUCUCUCCUCCUCUCUCUCCUCCUCUUCCUCCUCUCUCCUCCUCUCUCCUCCUCUCUCUCCUCCUCUCUCUCCUCUCUCUCUCCUCUCUCCUCCUCUCUCUCCUCCUCUCUCUCCUCCUCUCUCUCCUCCUCUCUCUCCUCUCUCCUCCUCCUCCUCGUCUCUCACACCUCCCUGCCUGGCGUCUCUUUGUUCGUGUCUCUCUGUCUCUGAUAAUCGGCGUCUUCGUUCUCCUCGUCUUGGUUUGACGUCUGUUUCUCUCGCUCUUCGUCGUCUUCCCUCGCUCAGACGGCUCAGAGUUCGGCUUUAACUGACAAAGAUCGUGUUUUACGUCCUCCUCAUGUCCGACUCUGUAAACUCCAGAUUAAGUCUCAGAUGAAUUUCCUGUUUUUUUAAUCUCCUCUCAAACUCUUGAACUCCGAUCUGUUUCUCGACGUUCAGCUCGGUGUUUUCGUCUCAUUACUGCGUUUUUAACGAUUUAUUAGAGAACAGCUGUUUUAGUGUCCCAACAUAAAUCUGACAAAGAAGAGAGUCAACACGCUGGACCAGGACGUUUAUAUGUCGCUAUGGUAACUGAGCUGUUAUACUCUACAACCAAUCAGAGGCCGUCAGCUGAUCCUCCUCACAGAAAUAAAAAAAAUUAAAUCAUAAAAAAAAUCAAAAUAAACUUUUUUAAUUUCAGCAGAAAAUUCUAGAAAAAACUUUAAAACCUUUUAGUGUCUGUGUGACCUCUGUGUGACCUCUGGAUGACCUCUGGAUGACCUCACCAUGAACCAGCUGAGAGCCUGAAUGACGAACUCUGACAGUAAACUCGCCGUUUAUCAAACUCGCUCUCAUCAGACACGUCAUCCUCAUGAUCUCAGCUGCUGAGAGACACACACACACACACACACACACACACACACACACACACACAUACAGACACACACACACACAGACACACACACACACACACACACACAGACACAGACACACACACACAGACACACAGACACACAGACACGCAGACACACACACACAGACACACACACACACACGCACACACGCACACACACACAGACACACACACACACACGCACACACACACAGACACACACACACACACGCACACACACACAGACACACACACACACACACACAUUCUGCUCUAAUCUGUCAUGUAAAGAUAAUUUGUUAUGAUUAAGAGAUUAGGAGGGUCGUUAGCUGCUGUAGCUGUUAGCUGUUAGCUGUUAGCUGCUGCCAGCGCCUCAACACCCCCCCCCCCCCCCCAUCUUGUCCUGUUGCCAAGGCGACAGAUGGGGGUUACUCCUGCUCAGUCAGUGCCAGGCGUUGGCAGCCGAGCUCGGAGCAGGACGUGCCAGCUCCUUUCAGCUGUGUGUGUGUGUGUGUGUGUGUGUGUGUGCGUGUGUGUGUGUGUGUGUGAAGGGGGCGGGGCUUCAGGCCGGCUGCCCGGUUGCAGCAGGUGUUGUUGGUGUUGUUGGAGUUGUUGGAGUUGUUGGAGUUGUCCGUGGAUCUCUGUGUUCAGGAAUGUUUCAGCGUUUUCGGAAAAGCCGAUCUUCGGAGGUGAAACUUCGGCUGCUGAAGAAAAAAUCAAAAGACUGAUAUAAAUCUUUCUGUUCCUCUAACUUCUCCUCUUAUUGAUCUGUAGACAGUUGACUGAUAGGAUUUGAUCAAUACGCUGAUUCUGGUAAAACUUGGAUACUUUUUUGUUACCAUGGCAACAACGUCAAACUCCUGAGCGUGCUCAGUUGGGUGUCUUUAUUAUUACAGCAGAAAUCGAGUUCAUCCAUCCAGGAGUUCUUAACAGGUAUAAAGAUAUUUUCAGGGUUCAAAGGUGAAUAAAUAAACACGAGUCUGUCGGUGAUGAAAGUUUUUACAGGAUAUGAACGGAUUAAACAUGAAGGUUAUAAAUAUGAAGGUUAUAAACAUGAAGGUUAUAAAUAUGAAGGUUAUAAACAUGAAGGUUAUAAAUAUGAAGGUUAUAAAUAUGAAGGUUAUAAACAUGAAGGUUAUAAAUAUGAAGGUUAUAAACAUGAAGGUUAUAAAUAUGAAGGUUAUAAAUAUGAAGGUUAUAAACAUGAAGGUUAUAAAUAUGAAGGUUAUAAAUAUGAAGGUUAUAAAUAUGAAGGUUAUAAACAUGAAGGUUAUAAAUAUGAAGGUUAUAAACAUGAAGGUUAUAAAUAUGAAGGUUAUAAACAUGAAGGUUAUAAACAUGAAGGUUAUGAAUAUGAAGGUUAUAAACAUGAAGGUUAUAAAUAUGAAGGUUAUAAACAUGAAGGUUAUAAAUAUGAAGGUUAUAAACAUGAAGGUUAUAAAUAUGAAGGUUAUAAACAUGAAGGUUAUAAAUAUGAAGGUUAUAAAUAUGAAGGUUAUAAACAGACGAUAAAUAUGAUAAUAUGACGGAUGGAUGAUCGAGUCGAGCAAAUGAGGUUUAAAAAUAAAGAUAUAAAGAGCAGGUGAGAGUGGAGAGAGGUGGUUCAGUGUGUGUCUGUGUGUGAGAGUGUGUGUGUGUGAGAGUGUGUGUGUGUCUGUGUGUGUGAGUGUGUGUGUGUGAGAGUGUGUGUGUGAGAGUGUGUGUGUGUCUGUGUCUGUGUGUGUGUGUGUGUGUGUGUGUGUGAGAGUGUGUCUGUGUCUGUGUGUGAGAGUGUGUGUGUGUGUGUGUCUGUGUGUAUGUGAGAGUGUGUGAGAGAGUGUGUGAGAGUGUGUGUGUGUGUCUGUGUGUGUGUGUGUAUGUGUGUGUGUGUGUGUGUGUGUCUGUGUGUGUGUGAGAGUGUGUGAGAGAGUGUGUGAGAGUGUGUGUGUGUGUCUGUGUGUGUGUGUGAGUGUGAGUGUGUGUGUGUGUGUGUGUGUGUCUGUGUGUCUGUGUGUGUGUGUGUGUAUCAGGAUUUUUCUGUAAAACAGUCUUCAGUCACUCAGACAGCUGCUUAAAAAAUGAGGAUAUUUAGUCGAGUGAAAAUCAGAAAGAAAAACAAACUAAAGAAUAAAAGAAUCAGUUUCCACUUCGUCUUCGUCCUCCUCUUCGUCGUCUUCGUCUUCUUCGUCUUCGUCGUCUUCGUCAUCGUCAUUUUUCUUCGUGUCUCCACAUGAUCGUCUGCAGGCUCUUUGUACCCAGCAUGCAUCACUGCACUCACAGAUGACCACGACUGCCUGUUGAGAUUCAGCAAAUUCACAGACUGGUGCACGAGACGUACCAACCCCCCAGGGACCGCGCAUGAUAACAGACACACACACACACACACACACACACAGACACACACACACACACACAGACACACACAUGCGCACACACACACACACACACACACACACACACACUGUCUGCAUGUUGAUGCUGCAGGUGAGAAAUUGUCUCUCCUGGUCGUCUGGAGACAAAAACUCGGUGAUGUGAAUCUGGAGGAGGAAACAAAGCCUGUCAGCUACACACACACACACACACACACACACACACACACAGACAGACACACACACACACACACUAUAAUAAUAACAAUACUAAGUUUAUUUGUAUAAACUCUGACCUUACACUCCGUCGUUCCGUCUCUAACCCGGUCGUGAAGUUUCUGUAAAUUCAGACGAACCUGAAAAAUCACCUGAUCAGUUUUUUUUGUUUUGGUUUUUACAGAAAUUUUCCUCCUUUUGUCUGAAAAUAAGAAGCUGCAGAGAUUUAAAAACAUCUGAACGUCCUGAACCUUCAACUGUUGGAAGGAAUGAAUGUUUAUGUCGGCUCAUGAGAAACAGGACGGUCUUUAGGGGACAGUUUUCUGCAGACAGAGAGACAGACGGAUGGAUGGAUGGAUGGAUAGAUAGAUAUAUAGAUGGAUAGAUAGAUAGAUAGACUUUAUUGAUCCAAACUGGGAAGUUCACGUUCUCAGGACCGACUCUGCUCUUUAGUUAAACUCAGUUUAAAGAGCGUCACAGAAUUAAAGUGUCGUUAAGCUCGUCUUCUGACGGAGCGUUUCUUUACAACCCUCCCUCUAAACCUCCUGUCUGCUUUCUCCUCGCUCAGCUCUUUUCCUGUUUUGCAUUUCAAUCUCUCGCCGUGGCGGCGUUGGUCGUCCUCGGCGGCUCGAUUGGACCCUGAACACGCUCUCGUUUAGUCUUGAGCUGCUUUGUCAGUCCUGUGGUUUCCCAUGACAACCAGACACCCCCUCCAUCACGAGGAGCGAGGGAGAACAGAUUGAUUUACUCCUCUCUCAGACUGAUGAAGGAAAACCCUUUCAAAAUAAGAGCCACGAAGUCGUCCGUCUGACUUACGUUUGAAAAACUGUCGAAUAUUUACCGUCGAAGGAAAAACCAGUCAGUGACAUUUAAAUGUCAGAGGCAUCGAGGCAGCGCUAAAUAUGAGCCAAUCAGAGAGCUGGAUUUAAACAUCAACAGCAUCCAAUCAGUGUGAGAGCGUCAGUCAGUGAGCCAAUCAGAGAGCUGGAUUUAAACAUAAACAACAUCGACUCAGUGUGAGAGCGUCAGUCAGUGAUUUACAGACUUUAGGAUCAUUACAGUCAGACCUGCUUCACUGUGUCUGUCAGUGAAAUCUGAUCACUCCUGAAAUGAAUCAACUCUGCAGAUAUGACUGAAACAGUCAAACACUGAAACAGUCGAACACUGAAACAGUCGAACACUGAAACAGUCAAACAGUCGAACAGUCGGUGUUUCAGAGAUCAGAGAAACCGAUAACAAUAAUGCCGACAGAAACACAAAAAAAGGGGAUUUUGACUUUCUCUCUGGAAACACAGAAAUAAGAGCGAACACCUGCGGGUCUGCUGACUGACUGUUUUACACUCUCUAAAAACAGUCUGUAAGUGUCUGUAGUUCACCUUUAAAACUGUAAAAACAGUCUGUAAGUGUCUGUAGUUCACCUUUAAAACUCUAAAAACAGUCUGUAAGUGUCUGUAGUUCACCUUUAAGACUGUAAAAACAGUCUGUAAGUGUCUGUAGUUCACCUUUAAGACUGUAAAAACAGUCUGUAAGUGUCUGUAGUUCACCUUUAAAACUCUAAAAACAGUCUGUAAGUGUCUGUAGUUCACCUUUAAAACUCUAAAAACAGUCUGUAAGUGUCUGUAGUUCACCUUUAAAACUCUAAAAACAGUCUGUAAGUGUCUGUAGUUCACCUUUAAAACUGUAAAAACAGUCUGUAAGUGUCUGUAUUUCACCUUUAGAACUCUAAAAACAGUCUGUAAGUGUCUGUAGUUCACCUUUAAGACUGUAAAAACAGUCUGUAAGUGUCUGUAGUUCACCUUUAAGACUGUAAAAACAGUCUGUAAGUGUCUGUAGUUCACCUUAAAACCUCUAAAAACAGUCUGUAAGUGUCUGUAGUUCACCUUUAAAACUCUAAAAACAGUCUGUAAGUGUCUGUAGUUCACCUUUAAAACUCUAAAAACAGUCUGUAAGUGUCUGUAGUUCACCUUUAAGACUGUAAAAACAGUCUGUAAGUGUCUGUAGUUCACCUUUAAGACUGUAAAAACAGUCUGUAAGUGUCUGUAGUUCACCUUGAAGACUCUAAAAACAGUCUGUAAGUGUCUGUAGUUCACCUUUAAAACUCUAAAAACAGUCUGUAAGUGUCUGUAGUUCACCUUUAAAACUCUAAAAACAGUCUGUAAGUGUCUGUAGUUCACCUUUAAGACUGUGAAAACAGUCUGUAAGUGUCUGUAGUUCACCUUUAAGACUGUAAAAACAGUCUGUAAGUGUCUGUAGUUCACCUUUAAGACUGUGAAAACAGUCUGUAAGUGUCUGUAGUUCACCUUUAAAACUCUAAAAACAGUCUGUAAGUGUCUGUAGUUCACCUUUAAAACUCUAAAAACAGUCUGUAAGUGUCUGUAGUUCACCUUUAAAACUGUAAAAACAGUCUGUAAGUGUCUGUAGUUCACCUUUAGAACUCUAAAAACAGUCUGUAAGUGUCUGUAGUUCACCUUUAAGACUGUAAAAACAGUCUGUAAGUGUCUGUAGUUCACCUUUAAGACUGUAAAAACAGUCUGUAAGUGUCUGUAGUUCACCUUAAAACCUCUAAAAACAGUCUGUAAGUGUCUGUAGUUCACCUUUAAAACUCUAAAAACAGUCUGUAAGUGUCUGUAGUUCACCUUUAAAACUCUAAAAACAGUCUGUAAGUGUCUGUAGUUCACCUUUAAGACUGUAAAAACAGUCUGUAAGUGUCUGUAGUUCACCUUUAAGACUGUAAAAACAGUCUGUAAGUGUCUGUAGUUCACCUUGAAGACUCUAAAAACAGUCUGUAAGUGUCUGUAGUUCACCUUUAAAACUCUAAAAACAGUCUGUAAGUGUCUGUAGUUCACCUUUAAAACUCUAAAAACAGUCUGUAAGUGUCUGUAGUUCACCUUUAAGACUGUGAAAACAGUCUGUAAGUGUCUGUAGUUCACCUUUAAGACUGUAAAAACAGUCUGUAAGUGUCUGUAGUUCACCUUUAAGACUGUGAAAACAGUCUGUAAGUGUCUGUAGUUCACCUUUAAAACUCUAAAAACAGUCUGUAAGUGUCUGUAGUUCACCUUUAAGACUGUGAAAACAGUCUGUAAGUGUCUGUAGUUCACCUUUAAGACUGUGAAAACAGUCUGUAAGUGUCUGUAGUUCACCUUUAAGACUGUAAAAACAGUCUGUAAGUGUCUGUAGUUCACCUUUAAAACUGUAAAAACAGUCUGUAAGUGUCUGUAGUUCACCUUUAAGACUGUAAAAACAGUCUGUAAGUGUCUGUAGUUCACCUUUAAAACUGUAAAAACAGUCUGUAAGUGUCUGUAGUUCAUCUUUAAAACUCUAAAAACAGUCUGUAAGUGUCUGUAGUUCACCUUUAAGACUGUGAAAACAGUCUGUAAGUGUCUGUAGUUCACCUUUAAAACUCUAAAAACAGUCUGUGUCUGUAGUUCACCUUUAAGACUGUGAAAACAGUCUGUAAGUGUCUGUAGUUCACCUUUAAGACUGUGAAAACAGUCUGUAAGUGUCUGUAGUUCACCUUGAAGACUGUAAAAACAGUCUGUAAGUGUCUGUAGUUCACCUUUAAGACUGUAAAAACAGUCUGUAAGUGUCUGUAGUUCACCUUUAAGACUGUAAAAACAGUCUGUAAGUGUCUGUAGUUCACCUUGAAGACUCUAAAAACAGUCUGUAAGUGUCUGUAGUUCACCUUUAAAACUCUAAAAACAGUCUGUGUCUGUAGUUCACCUUUAAGACUGUGAAAACAGUCUGUAAGUGUCUGUAGUUCACCUUUAAGACUGUGAAAACAGUCUGUAAGUGUCUGUAGUUCACCUUUAAGACUGUGAAAACAGUCUGUAAGUGUCUGUAGUUCACCUUUAAGACUGUAAAAACAGUCUGUAAGUGUCUGUAGUUCACCUUUAAAACUGUAAAAACAGUCUGUAAGUGGUUCAGCUCUUCAGAGUAAAUUAAGAAAACUCCAAAAUAAAAUGUCUCGUCGUCGCUGUGAACUGACCUGUUUUCUUCGGUGUUUGUGUGUUAGUGUUUGUGUUUGUGUGUUAGUGUGUCUGUGUUUGUGUGUUUGUGUUUGUGUGUUAGUGUGUCUGUGUUUGUGUGUUUGUGUGUUUGUGUGUUUGUGUUUGUGUUUGUGUGUUAGUGUGUCUGUGUUUGUGUGUUUGUGUUUGUGUGUUAGUGUGUCUGUGUCUGUGUAUGUGUGUUUGUGUUUGUGUGUUAGUGUGUCUGUGUCGUCUUUCACAGUGUUUUAGCUUCUCUGGAAAUAAAGAAAUAACAGUAUCAGCUUUAGUGCAGCUGCAGACCUGGAUUUACCGACUGGAAGCUGAGUCGACCGUCUGAUGAACUCAUUUUUUACCUCACAUGAUCAAACUUAAACUUAAACUUUAACUCAAACUCAAACUUAAACUCAAACUCAAACUCAAACUUUAACUCAAACUCAAACUUUAACUCAAACUCAAACUUUAACUCAAACUCAAACUUUAACUCAAACUCAAACUUAAACUUAAACUCAAACUCAAACUUAAACUUAAACUUUAACUCAAACUCAAACUUAAACUUAAACUCAAACUCAAACUCAAACUUUAACUCAAACUCAAACUUUAACUCAAACUCAAACUUUAACUCAAACUCAAACUUUAACUCAAACUCAAACUUAAACUUUAACUCAAACUUAAACUUAAACUUUAACUCAAACUCAAACUUAAACUUAAACUUAAACUUUAACUCAAACUCAAACUUAUACUCAAACUCAAACUCAAACUCAAACUUAUACUUAUACUUAUACUUAAACUCAAACUUAAACUUAAACUUAAACUUUAACUCAAACUCUGAUCCAGAUACCCCCCUGUUUUCUUCGGUGUUUGUGUGUUAGUGUUUGUGUUUGUGUGUUAGUGUGUCUGUGUUUGUGUGUUUGUGUUUGUGUGUUAGUGUGUCUGUGUUUGUGUGUUUGUGUGUUUGUGUGUUUGUGUGUUUGUGUUUGUGUUUGUGUGUUAGUGUGUCUGUGUUUGUGUGUUUGUGUUUGUGUGUUAGUGUGUCUGUGUCUGUGUAUGUGUGUUUGUGUUUGUGUGUUAGUGUGUCUGUGUCGUCUUUCACAGUGUUUUAGCUUCUCUGGAAAUAAAGAAAUAACAGUAUCAGCUUUAGUGCAGCUGCAGACCUGGAUUUACCGACUGGAAGCUGAGUCGACCGUCUGAUGAACUCAUUUUUUACCUCACAUGAUCAAACUUAAACUUAAACUUUAACUCAAACUCAAACUUAAACUUAAACUCAAACUCAAACUCAAACUUUAACUCAAACUCAAACUUUAACUCAAACUCAAACUUUAACUCAAACUCAAACUUAAACUUUAACUCAAACUUAAACUUAAACUUUAACUCAAACUCAAACUUAAACUUUAACUCAAACUCAAACUUAUACUCAAACUCAAACUCAAACUUAUACUUAUACUUAUACUUAUACUUAAACUCAAACUUAAACUUAAACUUAAACUUAAACUUUAACUCAAACUCUGAUCCAGAUACCCCCCUGUUUUCUUCCCCCCCCCCCCCGUAUCUAACACUGUUAAUCCUGAUGAUGGUUCUGGAAAGUUCUGUCUCAGACCCGGGUCUGUGGUGCUCGGCUCUGAUCUUGAUGUGGUCUGUUCGUUCAUGCUCUCAUCCUCAUGUAUUCAUCUGCUUGUUUUCUGUCUGCGUUGUUUUGACGUCUUUUCAUCCUUUUGUUUUUGCUCUUUGUGUUUCUGCAUGCGGCUCAUCUGUAGCUUUGUACCGCUGGUUAGAGGCAGACCGCCAAGGCAAGGACCCCGACGCUGCUGCAGCCACAGGUACGGUACAACGCCAUCGACUCACUCAUCCUCAUAACUCUCAUCAUGACCUCACGGCGGCGUCUGCAUGUACGCUCGCUUCACUCAGCUGCUCCUCGUCCGUCUUUAGAGGUUUACAGAGUUAGUGAGUUUUCAGCGAGGACACGGGUCUGAGUCUGACUCCGCCCUCCUUAAUAACCCCCCCCACACAAACACACACACACACACUUUAAGGUCUUUAAAGUCUCGGUUCUGUAAAUCAGAAACUGUUUGGUGUUCAGGUCUGUCGGAGGAACAGGAAGUAACAGAGGAAACUGACCCCUCCCCCUGACACACCUGUGACUCGCUCUUCCUCCACCUGGAUUACCUCCCUCAUCCUCUCAUCCUCUUAACCUCCUUUCUCUCCGUUCUUCCUUCAGUAUGUGGGUCAACUUCUCCUGAGCUCCUUAUCCAAACCCCUCCCUCUGCUCCGAAUAUCUCUACCUUCAUCCCCCUUCUCUUCAUCCUCACCUUCAUCCCCCUUUUCUUCAUCCUCACCUUCAUCCCCCUCAUCCUCAUCCUCACCUCAUUUUUCUUUUUUGUCGUUUAUCUCGCUCAUGCUCAGGAUGUGAAGACGAGCAGUCCUCCUGCGGCGUAAAUAAUUCGUCUGUUUCUGUCUGGAAACUCGUCCUCCACAUGAACAGAACAAAGUCAGAAAUCAGAACGGAGGUUUUGUCCACAGGGGGCGCCAAAGUCAACAUAAACAGAAAGUUUGUCUCUGGAGUUUAAAAGUUUAAUCUGUAUUUAAAUCUCUUCGUUUUAAAACUUCGUUCGCUGUCAUGAAUCCCACUCUGAUUUUUAUAUAAAGUGAUGUCAUUUUGAGGCCACGCCCCCGAACGCCAGGGCGGCAGAAAGUUCGGCCGCUUCUUUAGUGAACAGAGAAAUCUGAAUUCACCCCAAAAGACGCAGGAUUCACUCCUUCAUUCAGGAAAAAAGAUCAAGUUUGGAUCAUUUUUCAGGACGAAGAUUCGAACUCGCUGAUGUUUUCGGGUAAAUGGACGUUAGUUGUUCUGUAAACUCCAGUCAGGUGACGCUGAGACUGCCCCCUGCUGGAUGAAGUGAUUCAGACAUCUGUGAGUUAA